AUAUUAUAUUAUAUUAUAACGGGACACAUUUUCGAUCUACAGUUUAGCCCUGCGACUGGUUUAUAUUUCUGUGGAUGGAAAUUGAUUACAAAUAAUAUUUCGAUUGAAAUAUGACUGUAAACGUUUAUCACAUGUGGUAAAUAUUUGACUAUUUUGCCCAAGUGAGCUGCGAGACUGUGUGCUUUUUGACGGACAGCUGCUAUACAGGAGCUUUUGCCCCGCCCCUUUACAGAUGCAUGAGGUCUGUCCAGAGGAAACACCUGGCGCAGGUGAGCCCUCGGGUUGAUUUCAGUUCAGUUAUGCUGCUGCUGAUGUUGUUGGCUUGAGGUUUGAUUCGCAAAUGACGUCACUACACAGUGAACGUGUUCUAUAAUAACAUAAUAACAGAUAGUGCUGUAGAAGGAACCCAGUACUGCUGUCUGAUUUAGAACAACGGAUGAUUAGAGACAAUCCAACGGUGACCUGUGCGCAGGUGAGCUAGCAGAAGGGGUGUUUAUCCGAAUGACAGAACCAGAUCUGCACUGGCCCCGCCUCUACAGAUCCCUCACCAAUCAGGUCUCUGCAGAGGAAACACCUGCUGCACCUGAGUGACAGGUUAAACUUUCCUUGGCUCCUCCUCCUCCCCCGUUUCAGCCAGUCUAGUCUUUGGGAUGAGAACACGCCCUCAUACCCCCCCCCCCCCUCUCCCUCUCCCUCUCCGCUGGCCAUCCUAGGAUUCCUCUGAGGAGUAAAAGUAACAUUUGGCGAAAGGACACCCGACACCCGGUAACCGGAUCCCGAGGCGGAAGAGUGACUGAAUGGAGUGAACAAAUAACUCAGGCAUGUCUUCCUGUGGCCUGAAUGUGAGUCAAACACCGGAGGUCCGCGCGCCGCCCCGGGACGUGAAGGAAGACGAUGAGGACUCUGAGUAUUUUGCGCGCACGCCCGCCGCCACCGAUUUCUCUCCUCCUUCGUCAUCAUCAUCAUCAUCGCCUUCCUCCUCGUCUCCGUCUCCGUUGUGCUUCUCCGCCGAGCAGGUGGCGUGUGUGUGCGAGGCGCUGCAGCAGGCGGGACGGGUGGACCGCCUGGCCCGGUUCCUGAGCACUCUCGGCGGCGGAUCACACGGCGGCGGUGAGAGUGUACUCCGCGCGCGCGCUCUCGUCGCCUUCCACCAGGCGCGCUACAGCGAGCUGUACGGUAUCCUGCAGGGCCACAGCUUCAGUCCCGCGUGCCACGCCGCGCUGCAGGAGCUCUGGUACAAGGCGCACUACACGGAGACGGAGAAGGCGCGCGGCCGCCCGCUCGGCGCUGUGGACAAGUACCGCGUGCGCCGGAAGUUCCCGCUGCCGCGCACCAUCUGGGACGGAGAGGAGACCGUGUACUGCUUCAAAGCGCGCUCACGAAACGCGCUCCGGGACGCGUACGCGCGCAACCGCUACCCGUCCCCGGCGGACAAGAGGAACUUAGCCAAAGUAACGGGACUGUCGCUCACUCAGGUCAGCAACUGGUUCAAAAACCGGCGGCAGAGAGACCGGAACCCGUCCAAAAGUGAAUCCGACGGGAACCACAGCACCGAGGACGAGAGUAGUAAAGGACGUGAGGAUUUGUCUCCGUGUCUGCUCUCAGGCUCUGCUGAUAGGAUGGCGUCACACGUAUCUCCUCCCUCCCGAGCCUCAGGACUCCAUCCAACGGAAGACGAUGAAAACUUCCUGUAUAACGGGGCUUUCCUUCCGUCCUCCUCCAGGUUCCUCUCCUCCACAGGAAGCCUGGCGUUCGGCGUUCCGGGUCUCACGCUCCAGCCGCCGGAGUACAGACCCGAGACCGACGGCGCUGAAGACGGAGACAGAGCGAGCGAGAUGGACAGAGCAGAAGCGAUGGAUUCUUCUGACGGAGACGGAGCGCGUGAGAAAAGGAUGGACGGAUCAGACGGAGGAGACGACGGCGUGUUGGCGAUCUCUUUCUUCAGAGGCGCAGUGAACAGCGGAGCUUCAGGUACAGAGUACGAUCACGCGGCAAAGGUCCAGCUCACGAGUUACGUUCCGGAAGAUGAAGCUACGGCAGAAGGAGGAAGUGAAGAAUCGUCGCUGAUGAGAGACUCUUUAACUCUUCCUCAUCUGCAGCUGCCUUCAUCUUCCUCACCUGCUGCACCGACACAAGGUGAGAGCGUUAGCUUAGCUGUGGAGCAGGAGCGGGGGAGAUUGGCUCGUCUGCAGCCCAGCACGGUGCUCUUUAACCUGGGCGACUCUUCUGCGCUCGGUCCAGUCAAACAGGAGCGUGAGAGGGACGUGGAUUUCUCCUCUGUGCAGAACACACACCUGCGCUUCACACACACACUGCUACACCCUCCACAUGGUCAGGCGGAACUGGCGGACUUCAGGGGUCAUGACCCUCAGUUGACCUCUGACCUCAGUGAGGACUUCCUGUGUGCUGCAGCAGACGUAUAGAGAGACGACCUGAAUUUUGUGACGUGUUAGAAUAUGUUCUGUGUGUGUGUGUGCGUGCGUCCGUGCGUGCGUGCGUGCGUGCGUGUGUAUGUGCGUGCGUGCGUGCGUGUGUGUGUGUGUGUGUGUGUGUGUGUGUGUGUGUGUGAGACGAGAGGGUGAAUGUAUUAGAUUUCAGAUAAGAAGUGCUAAAAAACCAAACUGUAAAAUGGACACACUUUACUGUUACUUUAGUUAAAAGUCAGAAACCGGACUCGCGCACAUCGCAGGAUUCAUGCGAGCCAAUCAAAACGAUCAUUGUGUCUUAACUAAUUUGCAUGAAAUGUGAGUUUCAGUAUCAGCUGUCUGUGUGUCACUGUGAGUGUGAGGUUAUACAUUUACAAGUUAUACAGUUUUUUUUUAUUUCAAUAUAAAAUAUGCUUUAUUUAAACAUACUCAAUCGGCUGAUGCGUUUAUGCUUUUCAUCACUGACACCACUGACAUCACAGUACACCUCUGACACCACUGACAUCACAGUACACCUCUGACACCACUGACAUCACAGUACACCACUGACACCACUGACAUCACAGUACACCACUGACAUCACUGACAUCACAGUACAUCACUGACACCACUGACACCACUGACAUCACAGUACAUCACUGACACCACUGACAUC